UCAAUUGUUAAAAAAAUGACCAAAAUAAACAAAACGCCUCUAAAACAAUGCGAAACAGAUAUAAAAAAUACAACUUUAACACCAGUGCGAUACCUGGACAGCCCUUGCCAGCAAUCUCCUACAAGUCACGAUGCAACUUUGGCCACCUGCAAAACGCGACUGGAAACGUUGGUGAAACAACUCCAGGAUAACUAUGCCAAAUGGCAGCUAGCACAGCAGCGCGGCACCGCCAUCUGCUAUGCCAUCGAGGCCAAGAAGACCAAGUGCCUGGAGAAAAGCGAGGGUGAUGACGGCAGUGGCUCUGCCUAUCCAGAUGAUCUUUUGUUGCCCUGCAAAAAGUUGGCCAUUAUUGCUUCAAUCUUUGGCGACAUUGCCAACAGCACACGCGAAACACUGAGGCAGCUGCGUGGGCUAACAAAACUGCCUGGAGCGGCUGCAGACACAAUAUUCUAUCGCUCCUGGCGGCUGCCGCAGUUUGUGGCCUUUACAGUGGAACUGGCGGAGCGGUACGAACAGGAGGCGCUGGUCAAGACACAGGUGGCAGAGAACAUUGCGCACUGCACGAGGAGAAGCGAACUGAUAGAGCACACAAGCCUCUGGGAGUAUCCCGAGCAUGUCGAUGCCUACGUUAAAUUGGGAUUUCUGCUGCUGGCCGAGGAAGUUACUUUAAAAUAAUUAAAUAUAGGGAGUUUUCCAUACACAAUUGUAUAUAAUUAAAGUUCAUACUUUUCUUCUUAAUUAUAAAAACUUACGAAAU